ACCGAUCUCAGAACACGAUCGCAGAAGGUAUCGAACUAGCGACCGUGCUAGACGUGAACCGUGUGCGUGUCCCGGACGACUUUCGCGAACAUAUCCGUACCGUGUGCGAGAAGGGUGGUGAUGGUGGUGUUGUUUUGAAGUGUUUAAUUCCUGUCUAUUUUUUGCAACCCGCAUCCGCAAACCGCGACUCGAAGCAGCAAACUGUAACGCAGUGAAAGAGUGUAUCUGGCAUCUUGUUGGUGUGCGAUUGUUACUACUUUUCUCGGCGAGCGGCAGGCAGCGAUCACGAGUUAAGAUUGUGUGUAGUGUGUGUGUUGUAGUAGGCAGUGCAAAUAAAAAAAAAUCCAAACUUUAAGGGGAGAGAAAUUUACGCCGUUCGGGUUGUACGUGACGAAAGAUCAAGGACGAUCCUGUUGGCAGCCGACCGGGAGGAAGAAAGCGCACGUGUGUCCUGCAGUUUUGGAGGCGAACAAAUUCAAGCUAAAACGUUUUGAAAUAUUGGACCAAAAAUGAAGACGAACCGUCUGCUACCGCUGGUGUUGACGAUUGUCGGGCUGGCGAUGGUGAUGCUUCCCACGGCCGAAACCUGCAGCUGCCUCCCGCAGCAUCCCCAGACGGCUUUCUGCGACUCGCAGUACGUAAUCGUUGCACAAGUGCUGCGCAAAACGGCAUCAAGGAACGAGGCCAUGGAUGCGUACAAGAUUGCAAUCAAGAAAGAGUACAAGAUGAGCGACGAGGCACGGCAGCUCCUCAACCACGGAAAGCUGUACACAUCCACGAUGGAUUCGGCGUGUGGCAUCAAGCUGAAACCGUCCACGCUGUACGCGAUUGCGGCCAACAGCGAACAGGUUGGCCUGUGCGACUUUAUCCGACCGUACGACGAGCUGUCGCUGGUGGAGAAGCGCGGCCUGGCCGGCGUCUAUCGCAAGGGCUGCAAGUGCAAGAUCAAUCACUGCUGGGACGACAAGUGCCACCAGCGGCUCGGCUCCUGCAACUGGACCCCGUUCGCGCCGAAGGGUAUCUGCGAAACGAGCUACGGCUCGUGCGUACCGGCCGGUGUGACGAAGAAGAACGGAGCACCGAUCAAGUGCCACUGGCGCCGAUCGCCCCGCUUCGGGCAGUGUGUCGCCGAGAAUAGUCCCAAGUACCCGUGAAACCCUAUGGAAAGCCUGGCUGCCGGAAUUGUUGUUAUGAACCGUUUACAAGCAUAUUUUAACUUUGUUCCGGACAUUAUUCUCUGGGUGCGUCGGUUGGUAUUCAAAACAAAUUGAAACCACUGAAUACCCCCUGAACAUGUCAUUUAUUUAUCAAGCGCGAUCGAUGGUGUAGAAGAAGGUUGUAUUGGGCGGCGACGGCCAAGCAGAAAGAGAGGUCGACCGGCCAGAGCAGUGUGCCAGAGUAGAGUACUGUGAAGGGAAUGGCAAAUCUUACUUUCGUUAAGUACAAAUUACAAUUAGCCACAACGCGGACAGGGAAGCCGACGAGUGUCGUAGCGAAUGGUACACGCGUGUUGUGGAUAUGAGAGAGGGUAUGAUAUUUUCAUGAAUAAAUUAUUGGAUUAUACUUAGUGUAACUGU